AUGGAUAAAAGCGAACAAAAGUUGCCGUCGGAAAGCAAUAACAACAACAACAACGGCAGCAGCAGCAAUACAAGCGCCUGCAGUCCCAAGAUGGGAUCACGUCGCAUUUUUACGCCACAAUUUAAGCUGCAGGUGCUCGAAUCGUAUCGCAGCGACAGCGACUGCAAGGGCAAUCAACGAGCCACAGCGCGCAAGUACAACAUUCAUCGUAGACAAAUACAGAAGUGGCUGCAAUGCGAGACCAAUCUACGCUCAUCGGUGGCCAACAAUCAGCAACAGCAGCAGCAGCAACAGCAGCAGCCCACAAAUGUUGCUGGCGUGCAUCAGCAGCAGCAGCAGCAGCAACCACAGCCAGUUAAGCUUGCUGCACAAACGUUUCAUAGUCUGCCACAUGCGUAUCCGCAUCUGCAUCAUCAUCAGCAUCAUCAUCAUCAUCAUCAUGCUGCUGCAGCGGCUGCCGCUGCUGCUGCUGCGGUGCAUGCGCAUCAUUUGUUGGCCAAUGGCUUUGCGCCACAUCCGCCACAUCAUCAUCAGCAGCAGCAGCAACAUCAUCUGCAUCAUCAGCAGCAGCAGCAGCAGCAUCAUCAGUUGCUGCCACCGCCGCCGCCUGUGCCGCUGGGCGUGCCAUUGCCGCUGCCAGCAGCAGCAGGAGCAACAGUUAACCAGCAGCAACAGUUGCCGACGGCCAAUGGCAGCGCAACAGUUGCUAAUAAAAUUGCUGCCGUUGUAGCAGCCAUGACUAGCAGCAACAGCAGCAGCAGCAGCAACAGCAGCAGCAAUAGCAGCAGUUGCAACAGCAGCAGCAACAACAGUCCCUUAGUCAGUGCCAAUACGUUGCCAUAUACAACAACAACAACAACAACACCAACAAUAAAUACACAACAACAAGUGCCAAAUGUCGUGCCAAUGCCCAACAGCAACCAGAGCAACCAGAGCAGCAACAGCAGCAACAUUCCUCAGCUCGCCUAUGCGUAUACGCUGCCAGCCGCUUAUAUGCCACUUACAGCGCUUGCCACGCCCACACCUGCGCCCAUGGAUCUGUCGCUAAGCAGCGCAGCGCGACGCCAACGCGAACAGCAGCAACAGCAACAGCAACAGUUGCUCAAAGCUGGCGCCUGCGUGGACUUGAGUUGUCGCAAACGUGCCGCCCAUACGCUCUGGUCUGGCAGCCUGCCCGCCGACAAGCUGAGCAAGCUGGAGGAGAUCAAGUGCGAGGAGCCGAGCGACACUGAGGCCGAGGAUGUCGACAUCGAUGUGGAGGCCGAGGGUGAAACUGUCGACGAGCGUCAAAUGCCCGCCAAGCAGGUAAAACUAUUCAAGCCAUAUUUGCUGGAUGAAACGACGGCCAAGCCAACGACGCUGGACGCUGAAGAGGAAGAGCUGGAGGAGGAACUGGAGCUGGAGCUAGAGCGUGCCACACCAGAUGAUCACGAACGCGAUGCCGAUGCGGAGGACGAAGAGUUGCAUAAUAACAACAACAAUAACAACAAUAGCAAUUUGAAAAAGAAGCAACGUCGCGCCGCCAACAGCAGCAGCAGCAGCAGCAACAACAACAGCAAUAAACAACGCGAGCCCAUCAUCUGGAGCAAUCAUCCAUAUGCCAGCAGCUGCUUUCAAUCGCCGCUGACAUUUCCUGGCAGCGGGAGUCCUCAGCAACAGUUUUCCAGCCGCAGCAGCAACAGCAGCAGCAUCAGCAUCAGCAAUCCCUCAACCCCGCAAAGCGUGCUCAGUCCAUUUUCCGCGCCGGCGCUCUCACCCACCGGCUUCAGUUGCCCCAAAGGCUCGCCCGUCUCCGGCUACGAGAGCAGCUCAUCCACCUAUAGCGACAGCGCCAGCGCCAGCUCUGCCCACGGCUACAGUCUCAAUCUGCAGCUGCACACCGCCGUCUACAACGACAAUCUGAUGAGCGCGUUGCAGCAGCAACAGCAGCAGCAGCAACAGUUGCUGCAACGCACACAGCUGCAACGUUGGCUGGAUCAGGAGGCGCUGGCCGCCUUGGCUGCUGCUCGUGUCACACCAGCAACAUCAACCAUUACAGCUUAGACAAUAACAAUAACAAUAACAACAACAACAACAACAACAAUCAACAAUUAACCCAAAACCCACCGCGCAGGGGGCGUGGGCCUAGGGCCUGGUCCUGGCCUUUGUAAGUUUAUUUAAUAACUUAAGCCUUAAUCAUUUUAGAAAUUUACAACAACUAUAUUUUUGUCAAUUGUUAAUUCUAAACUUAAGCUUGCAACAAUUUAAAACUACUUCCAAAAUAAAAAAUUAAAAAAAAA